UGUGCGCUCCUCUGGAGUGAGAGCAGCGCAGAGAUCAGUCCUCCAACAGCCUGAUCUACUGUCAGCCUGCGCUUCACAUACGUCCAUAUGCAUGGGGAAAUGCGCCUGUGCUGGGAUGCUGUGAAAUCUAAAGCUCUGCACAUGGAUUCAGCAUAUCAGAGAGCAUAAGAAAGAACGGGAUAAUCCACUGCUGGACAUUUCAGAUUGGACCAUCUGUUAUUCAUAUUCCACUGUGGAAGAUGGAUAGAUUUCUGCAUGGUACGAGUCGCUGAGACUGGACUUCAGAAGGGCUACUGAACUGACCAGAGAUUAAUUUUUGGAUCUUUUGGUUGUGGAUGUAACAGGGAGCACAGUUAUUUCAACAGUCCCUCUGUAUCAGGCUUUAUCAUGACCUCUCUAACAGGGAAUAAAGACAGAUCUGGGACCAGGAGUAGAAAAUAUGGGAUGACCGAUUCAUCCCCUACGAAGUCAGCAUCAUUCUCUCCUGAAACCUGGUACCGAAAGGCUUAUGAGGAGUCCCGGAGCGCCAGUCGCCCGGUCCCUGAAGGCGCGGGCUCCAUGCCUGGGUCCUCUGGAACCCCUUCCCCCGGAUCAGGAAUAUCAUCCCCGGGCUCUUUCUCCGGCUCACCUGUUACGAUAUCUCCUGGAAUCAGCACCGGUUCGCCCGGUUCCUUAGGCGGAUCUCCAGGGUUCGGCACUGGUUCUCCAGCCUCGGGUAGCGGGAGCUCACCUGGUUCAGAUCGGGGUAUCUGGUGCGAGAACUGCAACGCUCGGCUGGUGGAGCUGAAGAGGCAGGCAUUAAAACUACUCAUUCCCGGACCCUACUCUAGCAAGGAUCCCUCCUUCUCCCUGCUGCUCCAUGAUAAACUGCAGGUGCCCAACAGCACACGUAAGGCAUGGAACGAGCGUGACGGUCGCUGUGACGUAUGUGCCACCCACCUGAGUCAGCUGAAGCAGGAGGCCGUCCACAUGGUGCUGAGUCUGGAGCAGUGUGAUGUAUCUCCUGGCUCUCCUCCAUCCUUGGCCUCCUUGGUGGGAUCCCGUAGCAUACUCCAGGGUCCCACGCCACCUCGAGACUGGGCGUUCCUCCCUACAGGCUACCAUUCCUCGGCCUCCUCCACCUCUGCUACCGUUUCUGCCACCACAUCCAGUUCUACCCCAACAACCACCAAUGCAAACAACGGCGGCAGCUCCCACCACCCAGCCUACCCCAAACACGGAUCCAAACCGAACAGUCUGGGGGUGAGCAAUGGUGUGGAGAAGAAGAACAACUCGCCUGGCCACGCAGGAAAGUCCACAGGACCACAACAGCCUCAUCUACCCAGCAGCCCCAGCAACUCUAAUGGAACUGUGUUGAGUUCUGUCACACUCCAAGCUCACCAGUACCUGGAUGGCACCUGGACAUCUGGACAUGUGUCAAGAGCCAAUGGCGUCACACUCUAUCCUUAUCAGAUUUCUCAGAUGGUGUCAGAAGACAACCGGGAAGGUCUAAACGAAGCCGCGCUCAACCGCUACAAUGCUGACCGGCCCAGUGCAUACAGCAGCCCUGCUGCUCCAACUCCUGCCCCGGUCACCACAGCGCCCUCCAGUGGUACCUCCGCUGCUGCAUCCUUCUUUGCCAGGGCUGCCCAGAAAUUGAAUCUGUCUUCCAAGAAGAAGAAGCAGCGCCCUGCGCCCCCUGUGGUGUGUGAUCCGCCUCUUUUUCCCACCAACUUCAGUGGCAUCCUGCAGGUGUCUCCGCCCCCUGCUCCGCCCUGCCUCUUACGGGCAGUCAACAAAGUCAAAGACACUCCUGGCAUGGGCAAGGUUAAAGUGAUGGUACGCGUAUGUCCUUCAUCGCCCGCCAGCGCGGCAGAGUCCAGCUCCUUUCUGAAGGUCGAUUCUCGUAAGAAGCAAGUGACCAUCAUGGAUCCAGCGGUUAAUUCUCAGCAGAAUCAAACUCAGAAACGCAGCAGCUCCAACCAGGUUCCUCCAAAGAUGUUCGCAUUUGAUGCGGCUUUCUCCCAUGAUGCCUCUCAGGCAGAGGUUUGUGCAGGAACUGUGGCUGAGGUCAUCCAGUCUGUGGUCAAUGGAGCAGACGGCUGUGUGUUUUGCUUCGGACACUCCAAACUAGGCAAAUCCUACACUAUGAUUGGCAAGGACGACUCCAUGCAGAGUUUAGGGAUCAUCCCGUGUGCCAUCUCCUGGCUCUUCAAACUGAUCAACGAGUGCAAGGAAAAGACAGGCGCACGUUUCUCCGUACGAGUGUCGGCUGUGGAGGUCUGGGGAAAAGAUGAGAACCUGAAAGAUCUGUUGUCGGAGGUGGCGACAGGCAGUUUGCAGGACGGUCAGUCUCCAGGAGUCUACCUUUGCGAGGACCCUAUCUGCGGGAUGCAGUUGCAGAAUCAGAGUGAGUUGCGUGCUCCCACAGCUGAAAAGGCUGCUUUCUUCUUGGAUGCUGCCAUUGCUGCACGUUACAGCAGUAAGCCAGACUAUGACGAAGAGGAGCACCGUAACUCUCACAUGCUCUUCACCCUACACAUUUACCAGUAUCGAAUGGAAAAGACCGGCAAGGGUGGAAUGUCGGGAGGCAGGAGCCGACUGCACCUCAUCGAUCUAGGCAGCUGUGUUAAGGUUUUGAGCAAGAUCCGUGACAGCACUACAGGACUCUGCCUCUCUCUGUCUGCCCUGGGGAACGUCAUAUUGGCUUUAGUCAAUGGCAGCAAGCACAUCCCUUACAAAGAUAGUAAGCUAACCAUGCUGCUACGUGAGUCCCUGGGAAACAUGAAUUGUCGCACCACCAUGAUAGCCCACAUCUCCUCGUCCCCCAACAACUUCUCAGAGACACUCUCUACCCUUCAAAUCGCCUCUCGUGUUCUUAGACUGAAGAAGAAGAAGGCUAAACAAUACACAUCCAGUUCCUCUGGUGGUGAGAGCUCAUGUGAGGAAGGAAGAAUGCGUCGCCCAACACAGCUGAGAACCAUCCAUUCUAGAAAUGUUGUUGAUUCAGAAAUGCCCCUGCUACACCUCUCCAGUGACCCUGAAGACUAUUCCAGCAGUGAACAGUCAUGUGACACAGUUAUCUACGUAGGUCCAAAUGGCUCAGCCCUCUCAGACAAAGAACUAACAGACAACGAAGGUCCUCCAGAGUUCGUUCCUAUCAUCCCAUCACUACAUAAAAAUAAAGCAGAUCUUAGCAUGACUUCUUUGACAUCACAACCUUCUCAACAGGAAGGUGCUGAGCCAGGUAAAAAGGAGAGAGACUGUCUUAAGUGCAACACUUUUGCAGAGCUUCAAGAGAGGCUGGAGUGUAUUGAUGGAAGAGAAGAGGUUACGAAAUUCCCUUUUGAAGAAGUUCCUGCCAACAGAGCUGCCAAAUUUGAGCCUGGCCCCGGUCAAGUCGUAAAAGGGGGUCAGCAGUCCAGUUCUCCCAAGAGGAUAUCUGACCAACAACUGGAGGAGAUCCGUGAGGUGGUUGAAGAAGCAGAGAUUGCUCAGUCAAUAAUUGAAAGCUUGACACAGUCUUCAACAGGCAGUUGUGGACUCUCCAGCAGCAGAAGUGUGACUGGCAGCAGUGGUAUUGGGCAACUAACCCCUCUUCACAGAGCCAAGAGCUCCAGUUUACAUGACAGCAGAGAAUCCAUCAGUGGUGGGAGCAGCAGUGAGAGUAAGCCUCGUCCUAUGGGCUCCCCACGGUUGGGGAUUGCCAGUCUUACUAAAACCUCAGAGUACAAACCACCAUCCUCUCCCUCUCAACGCUGCAAAGUGUACACCCAGAAAGGAGUAAUGCCUGGCACACCACCACACUCCUCACAUGAUCUCAACAAAGACUCUAGAAAAUCAUCUACAGAGUCUUUGCUUAAUCCUGAGUUUAGAACCUCUCCGGUGGGGAUGAGCCCACAGGUCCUAAAGAGAUCUUCAUCAUCCAAUAGCCUUGGAUCAGCUGAGACAUUGUGUGAUGAUGUUCCCCAGCUGCCUUUUGACAAUAAGAAAAAUGCGAAGGACACCACAGCCACAGUUACACUGGAGCAACCUUUGGAACCCAAUGGAGAGGAUGAGCUGGUGUUUACCCUGGUGGAAAAGCUGACAAUUAGUGGGGUGAUGGAAAAUGGCAGACCAACCAGCAUUAUCAGCUUUAACAGUGACUGCUCGGUGCAGGCUAUGGCAUCGGGUUCAAGGCCUGUUAGUAUCAUUAGCAGCAUGAGUGAAGACCUAGAACAUUACACCAUUGCUCCCUGCACUACCACUGCCACUAUCUCACAAGUCAGCAUUGCUAAAUUCUUGCCUCUCAGCAAGAUAGAAGGGGACACCCAGGCUAGUCGUCGUUCCUCAAUCAGCUCAUGGCUGAGUGAAAUGAGUGCUGGCAGUGAUGGCGACCAGUCAUGUCAUAGCUUUGUUGCCCAACAGUGCUUUGGACAAGGUGAGGCAAUAGCCGAAGAUAGGCUUUUAGAAAUUCAAGAAGAAGGAGACAUAGACCUUGAGUCAAAUGACCAAAAGAACUCAGACAAAGAGAGUGACUCCAAUAAAACCGAAGUGAAUGAUAAAAACACAGCUAAACACAAACUAGACAAGCUGUCCUCAACCUCAAGUGGCUAUGUUCCUUUUAAGACCAAUAUCACAACUCACCCAUGUGCUGCUGUUAAGCCAAUGGUUGUGCAGGACUUGCAAACCAAAACCCCUCUAGUCAAAGAUCCCAAAUCCCCACCUGUUCCAAUCUCAAGUGAGAUUGAUUUUGAUGACCCUUGGAUGAAAAGGGAGGGAUGUGAAGAGCCCAAGCCUUUGGACAUGGUCUGUGACGUCAAGUCAGAGAAGAAAACAUCUGAAUCUGUAAAAAGGAAAUGGCAAGUUGACAAGCUCAACUCGAGUGAAGUAGCAUGUUCCCCUGAUUCCAUGAACCGGGUGGUGGAUGGCUGCGAGAUGGUUUUCAAUGCACCCGAAAGCAUAACUCAAGUGUACUCUGCAGACAUUCUCAGAACGGGUAGUCUCCCUCGUGCAUGGCAUCGCUUGAAUAAGCAGGACGAUCUGGAAGACCCUACAUACCGUUACAUGAGUGGAGAAUAUAAAAGCCUUGGGGUUACCACUUCCACUCCCUGCAGUCCAAGAGCCACACUCGAAAGAAGAUGUUCAGCAGGGAGGCAAGGUAUCUUUGCUCGUCAGAAAGGAAUCCCACCAUUGCCACCUGUAAGGAAGUCUAGCCUUGAUCAGAGGAAUCGAGCAAGUCCACAGCAUAAUCCAGGAAAUUCUCAGACACCAAACUAUCAUCUGUCUUUCCUUGGCAGCACUCCUGAAGACCUGGGUGGUAAACAUAAAGGACCAAAUGUAGAGAGCAGCAGACUCUUCAGUGCCAAACUUGAGCAGUUAGCAAACAGAACCAAUUCCUUAGGGAGGUCUCAUGGGGCACAUUAUGACUGUCAUUCCUUAGAGAGGGCGGAGAGUUUGACCUCUCUGGGCUCUAAAGGAGGAGUUGCAAAAGACAGUACAAUGCCAAGGACAGGUAGGAGCAUCACCCGUGGUUUGCUUUCAUCACCUACCAAUGGCCCAAAUGGUAACAAUAAUGCACCACAAUCACCCAAAGCAAGUCAAUCCAAAAUCUCUGCAGUUAGCAAACUCCUUAUGGCAAGUCCCAAAGCUCGAAGCUUAUCAACCUCUAGCACUAAGACCCUAAGUUUCUCCACCAAGUCCCUUCCACAGUCAGUAAACCGAAGCUCAAGUUUGCCUCCCAACGGAAAGAACCAGAACCAAAAUUCAUGGUCAACCCAGUCCCUAAGUCGCAGCAGAGGGACAGGGUUAGCUUCUAAGCUACCGUUAAGAGCAGUGAAUGGACGAAUCUCUGAGCUCCUACAAGGUAGUGCCAGCUCUCGUGCUGCCCAAGGACGAGGGGCUUCGGACACUGAAGAGAGAGGAGCAGCAGUCCAAGGAGAGGAAAGGCCAAUGGUCCAUACUUUGCCCUCACCUUACAGUAAGAUCACUGCCCCAAGAAGGCCUCACCGUUGCAGUAGCGGACACGCCAGUGACAACAGCAGUGUGCUAAGCGGAGAGCUUCCUCCUGCAAUGGGAAAGACUGCUUUGUUCUACCACAGUGGUGGCAGCAGUGGCUAUGAGAGUAUGAUACGAGACAGUGAGGCCACCGGAAGCACAUCAUCUGCUCAGGACUCUAUGAGUGAAAACAGCAGCUCUGUCAGUGGUCGCAGGAGCCUCAAGAAUUCAAAGAAAAGAAGUAAUACAGGGUCCCAGAGACGCCGUCUAAUCCCUAACCUCACUUUAGACACCUCCUCUCCUGUGAGAAAGCCGGUCAUCAGUCCAGGAGUACGCUGGGUGGACGGUCCCCUCCGGCCCACACAGAGGGGUUUAGCUGAACCUUUCGAGAUUAAGGUUUAUGAGAUUGAUGAUGUUGAACGUCUACAGAGGAGGCGAACCAUAGGCAAUAAGGAAGUGGUAUACUUUAGUGCCAAACUGAAGAUCUUAGAGCAUCGGCAACAGAGAAUCUCAGAGGUGCGGGCCAAGUACGAUUGGCUGAAGAAGGAACUAGAGCAAACCAAACAACAUCUGAUGCUGGAACCAGAGAAAUGGACCACUGAGUUUGACCUUCAGCAGACGUUUGAAGUGGACUCUCUGGAGUACUUAGAAGCUCUGGAGUUUGUCACGGAACGACUGGAGAACCGGGUCAACUUCUGCAAAGCUCAUCUGAUGAUGAUCACAUGCUUUGACAUCACUUGUCGGCGACGGUAAAAGAUUCGUCAAGUAUUAAGGACAAUUGGAAGUGGAAAAGGCUCAGCAGGGUGUAUGUGAGCAAGUUACAAAGUUCAUCAAUACAAUGAUGGCUGAAAUGAUUGGGAAAAUAUAAAGGCUUAAUAUUUUUUCUAAAAUGGAUUUUGGUGGUGAACGGAAAACGCUGGACUUGGAGAGUUGAGAAAAAAAAAAAAAACAUUGUCCCACAGAGAUGGAUGAGCACUUUGGAACUACGGAGUCGUUGUUUUCGAAAAUGGCUUGCUCACUUGCUGUGAACAAACUAAUUAUAUUGCCAUAUGUGGAUAAAAGAACAAAUCGUUGAAGAAGAUGAAUGAAAAACAACAAAAAGGACGACAAGUGCCUUGUGAACACUUCAAUAUCUUGGAAAUCUAUGGACAAAAAUCCAUAUUUGUGUACAGAUGGUGCUAGCUUAAAAAAAACAUGCAUACAAACAAACAAACAAAAAAAAAAAGUUUAAAAAGUAACAAGAAAAAGAAAAUGAAAACACUGCUUGUUAAAUUAUGUGUUUAAUCUCUUUGAUUCUGUCUCGGUAUUUGUAUUGUUAUACACUAGUCACAUUCAACUGAACUGUUACGUGUGUUUUAUAUUAUUUUUUGUAUUCUUGGACACACUGAGACCACACAGAGUGUUUCGUAUUCCAUGAAAUAGCACAGCACGACAUCUAGAAGAAUGAUUCUGGCAUUGGCUCAUUGAUUUUUCACAUCCCCUGCGGUUAUGUUGGCAUUUUCAGCAGUGUGACGCCUCGGGCUCGGCCGCCCCAGCGUGUCACGGUUGAGAGGCGAGAAGAAUCCUCAGUCUGGCAGGACCAACAAGGAUUUUUAAUAUCAAUAAGAAACAAAAACUUUAAUGCAUGCCAACUUCUUGGGCAUUUUUAAAGUGCAACUUCCCAAUAUAAUUUUUUUUGUCUAAUAAAACUUGGUCAAAUUUUGUCUGUUGCGUUGCAUUCCAGAUCAGAUUGGUGCAUAUGUCUGGUCAUUGGCUUUCCCUCUAUGUGGUCUCAUUGUAAGUGUGCUGACACUUUGGUAUAAAUCUGUUUAUAUAUACAGUAUAUAUAUAUAUAUAUGGUGCUUGAGACAGUUUCAGCUCUAAACGUUUAUAGAUGAGUAUAUAGCCUGUUUCUGGUACUAACUAAAGACUUCAUACGCUUUUCCAUUCCCGCUUCACUCCUCUUCCCUGCCCUGCCCCUCGCCAAAGCAAAGGGGAGCGACAUUCCUGCUGCCCUUUGACCUUUUGGCAUUGUAACGAAUGAAGGAUAUUAUUUAUUUUUUACCUCAGGAGGCCUGUAUGACAGAGAUGCUUAUAUUCUAUAAUUUAUUUAGCCUGCAAAGCACUAUGCAUUAAAAUUGUACAGUAGCUAAAUUCAUGCCAUAUAUAUAAAAUAUACUUCUAUAUUUCACUUUUGUUCUUCUUUAUAUGUUUUGUUUUUGCAUCUAUCGCCAAAUCAUGGGAGACGAGAGAACAAGCAAUUUCCAUGUUUAUUCAUGAACUGUUUUUUCAUCACAACCCGUCACAUUCUUCGGCAUCUGUGGAUUGUUCAAGUAAUGCAUUGUGUGAUAUGCGGUACAAUGUGCAACGAAUAUCGUCCUAAAUGCGCUUUAAUGUUCACGAACAUGGUUGUGAAACUAAGGCCUAACUAAGGUUUAAAAACUAAAAAGACUGAGGGUUUGGCAUUAUAGAUGUAUGAGGGAAGAUGAGGAAAGUUGUCAACAUAUUGCUUCAUGUUAAUACUGCGACAGUCGGCAUGAUUUCUUGUUCUAUGGGGAAAAACACAGCCUGAAUGAGAGUUUGAUUGGCAUACGGACUGAUGUAAAUAAAGGAUGUUUUGGAAGCUUCAUUCUUUUUUCUGCCUUAUUCUGCACAACUAAUUGACAACUAAAAUAAUUUUUAUCCUCUCUUAAAAUGUUUCUCAGAUAGUUUUGCAGAUCUGCAGCAUAUAUCUUCUCUUUGUUUUUUUUGUUUGUUUUUUUGAUGGAAUUUCUGAUAAAAAAGAAUGAAAGCAACCUUUAGUUGGUCUUUUUUUAUUCAUUAUUUUAAUUCGAUAUACCUUAAGCUUCGUUUUAGAUGUCUUAAUCUGCUUGCAGACAAGAGUGAUCUUCAUCUGCUUUAAUGAACAGCCAUCAACCGCAGAUGCAGCUCGAUAGAAAAUCAUAUCAGGCAUCAAAAGAACACAAGGGAGCUUUACAAGUAUAUGAUAAUUCACCCUGACAGGACAAAUACAGAUAAUAACAUAUCUUAUCAGUGAUCCUGAUGCUUAGUGUGGAAGAUCUCAAUGUAAUAACAAAAGUGAACUGAUUUUUAUCAGUUAUUU